GGGGAAGGCGGACUGCAGAGGAUAAACAAAUAAGCUGUGUCUCAUUUCAUUUAAUUUCGAAGGUUGUAUCCUCACAAGGACUCAUCCUCUGAAGGAUGUGGUCUACGGAGAGUUCUUAACCAGAAUUAAACGAGACGUCCUUCAUAGGAAACACGGGCAGGAAAGGAAAUAGGAAGUGUCACGUUGCUAUGCCAACACGUUCACGGCCGCCGUCAUUUUUUCAAAUAAACGGUUGUUGACGUCAACGCAAAGAAUUGUGGGCUAUCUGUAGCAGCAAAGGAUACAUCUCCUUCGACUUCCUGUGAAAGAAGAGCGCAUUCGAAUAUCGCCUUCAGAGAGUCCUACUUACAUUUCUGAAAUGAGACCGUCUCAAUGACGUAACCUUAGAACGCGACCUCUAGAGGACGCAACCUGUGAAACGAGACACAGCUAGAGUCACAAACUGAGCGUUCUUUACCGGUGUACAUAUCGAUGUUUUCUGUAGCAUUGUGGUAUAUUAAGGGAUUUUCCAGUAGCCAUAUUCUCUUUCUGAAGUCUUUUAAGUGUUGGCACUCAUCCAGUUAGCGGAAAAAACACGAUGAGGCUUACAGCACGCUGUAAAUAUAAAUCUGUGAAGCAAGUCUGCAAGACUGUACUCCAGCAUUUUGAUGCACAGUACAAUCAAGAACUUGGAGAGCAGUGGCAUCGUGCAAGGGAGGUGCUUCUGAAUCCACACUCAUGGCAAUAUGGUGUCUUGCUUAAUCGCUUCAGUGACCUUACAAACCUCAAGCAAGGCCUUACAGCACUAGGAUACAGAAGCCUCCUUCCACAAGUAUAUCCUGAAUCCCAGACCCACACAGCACACUUCCCCCUACAGUGUUAUAUUCACAGAGAUCCAGUGCAUCUUCCCAAACAAGUCCACCACCCAGGUUGGCUGAAACAGUACUUUCUCCUGAAUGCAGCCUCAGUUUUGCCAGUACUGACUUUGGAUGUGAAGGAAGGGGAAAAUGUGCUUGAUCUUUGUGCAGCUCCUGGUGGGAAAAGUCUGGCAAUACUGCAGAUGACCACUCCUGGGUUCUGUCAUUGUAAUGAGGUGGAUAAGCACAGAUAUGACUGGCUGGUGAAGACUCUGAAGUCAUAUGUUCCUGCUACACUACAACACUUGCUUUCAGUGACUCACCUGGAUGGCAGAAGUAUUGCGAGCGAGCGACCAGGGACUUAUGACAAGGUGCUUGUAGAUGCCCCAUGCUCUAAUGACCGGAGUUGGUUGUAUACCCCUGAUACCCAUCGGCUAAAGGAAAGAGCUCAACUUCCAGUCUUACAGAAAGAGCUGCUCUGUUCGGCCCUAACAGCAGUGCGUCCUGGAGGUGUGGUUGUAUAUUCCACUUGCACCAUGUCAUGUGCAGAGAACCAGUUGGUUGUGGAGGCGGUCCUUGAAUCCUAUCCAGGGGUUGAGCUUCUGGAUCUCACGCAGGAGUUUAUUGACUUGCUUUCUGAUCACUUCUACUUUGCCCGCCUACAUCUUCCAGUGGGGCAGUUAGUGAUCCCAAAAAAGGGGAAAACUUGGGGACCAAUGUAUGUUUCUCGAUUGAAAAGAUUAUAUUAACUCAUGCUAGUCUUAGCCUUGGGGCAGUAAUAUAAUUGUUCAUUUAAAAUGGGAAUCUUGCUUCUGGAUAGUUAUUUUUCUGCAUAUUUCAGUUCCAACACACCUGCCUGCAAUUUUCAAGUAAACCUGAACAUUUGGAUUUGUUGGUUCUGCUGUUUUAAUUGCUAGAUUUUCCGCAUCCAUUUAAUGCGCCAACGCAUCCGGAUACUUAACCAUGGAUAUUUAGACAUAGUAUAAAUUAUUUCUUAUUCAAAUAAUUACACUACCAGGCCGCCAGGACAGCGCCAUUUCCAGGACAUAAAAAAAUCAGGAUAGAUGAAGAAAAGUAGCGGAUCCAACAUUGCAAACAAAGAUUACAACAGAAAGUAAAAACAGGUAUGGUAAAGAAAAUGCUCAUUAGCUUUCUGUUCUUGAAAAAAAAGAAAAUAAAAGAUGAAAAACUAUGAUGUGUGCAAAAGCUGUGUAUUGCCAUUGUGCAUAUUGUUUAUAGUAGAGUGUCCUGUUUCAAAAAAAUUUCAUGCAUGUGCUGUUGUACGCAUUCCAUCCGCACCGUCCCACAAAGUGAGCUGCAUGCAAACUGGGUGUAUGGACAACCGUGGACCUUCCUGAUGACGAUAAUUUGGUCAUGCAGAUGGUGCACGUACGCGAACUGCCCAAGUAUACUUUGGGCAAUAAAUUGGAGUUGGAGCUGAAAUUUACAGGACAGUAGCUCUCCAGGAGCAAUAUUUGAGUGCUGUAGUGCGUACAUGGUACAUGCACACUCAGUUUUUAGGGCUUAGAUUUAACCAACUGAUCUGUCAAAUAAUGUGCCAAUAAACAAAAACCAAAUAAACAGA